AUGUCAAAGAGAACCUUUAAUUUUCGUUCACCAACAUCAUCAUCUGGUAAAUCUAAACAGUUUGAUGUUAACAGUGUUUUGGAUAGAACUCCUCUGUCAAACAUUUCGAAUGUUAUUGAUACCGGUGAAAGGCGAAGAAUCAGAAAAAGAAUACUUGAGAGUAAGCGGUCGAAGAAUAAAACUUCUUCUUCCAAUGUUGGUGUGACGUUACGUGAUAAAGAAAACUCAUCUCACGUAUCUAAUGUUACAAAUCAGAUAGAUAUGACAAUCUCUUUUCAGAGAAGUGUAGAUGCUACGCUAUCUUCAUAUACUAAUAGUAAUUAUAUAGGUGAUUUUGACAGAAUUCCUCUUUCAGCCAUUUCUACAGUUAUUGAUACUGCAGAAAGACGAAGUAUCCGAAAAGCAAUAAUUGACAAAAAGAAGGGAAAGAAAAAAACUUCUACUACAAACGUUGAUGUCGGCAUACGUGGGAAAGAAAACGUAUCUCAAGUCUCUAAUGUUACACAUAAUAUAAAUACGACAAUCCCGUUACAUGGAAGUUUGAAUGGUAUGCCUGCGUUACUUGAUACAAACUUUUCCAGUAAUGAUAAUUUGCAAAACAACGAUCUUUCUGUAUGUACCCCUGGCGUAUAUUCGAUUAACUCAAAUAUCUUGACAUAUACCAAUUCGACUUCAGCAUCUAACCGAACAUCACUUAGUAAGUUGUCAGCCGGAAAGCGCAAACUGAAGCACAAGUCACGUGAUUUAUCCCCAGUAGUUAUGCAAAGUUUGGAAUCGGGUGAUCCUAGCAAUGCUGAAAUUUUUGUUCCAGAUCCUUAUAAAGGAAUUUCAAGUGAGUACAUAGAUCAUGGUGAUCAAGUUGUUAUAUGUGAUAUUUGUCAUGCCAGACUUCCGAAGCUGGAAAAGGUUGAUUCGAAAAUAAACAAGGGAAAUGCUCCAUUCAUAUACCGAAUUAGUGGUCAAAAUUUUCAUAGCUUAGGUAGUCUAAAACCAGCUAAUGGCAAGCAAGCUAAGUUUUCUCAACUAUACAUAUACGAUACUGAGAACGAGGUAUAUAACAGACAAAGUGUAUUGGGGCAACAGGUAACUUCACAUGAACAGGAGUUGGACGUCGAAAUAAUUGGAUACCUUAAAGAUUUUUUAGAUUCCCAUAAUGAGUUGGUUAAAUCUUACAGAAUGGUACGAAACCAUUUUCAACAAAAUCCGGGAGCAAACCUUAAGCUCCGACUUAUUUACAACAGAGACAAAGAUGGAAGAACUUAUAAUCUGCCAUCCUCGACUGAAGUAGCUGCUUUGAUUGUCGAUGAUUUAGAUGCUUCUGUUGAUCGUCGUGACAUUGUUGUUGAAACUCAAUCUGGUAUGCUUAAACGUAUUAGUGAGUUACAUCCAUCCUACCUUGCUCUUCAAUAUCCUAUUUUUUUCCCGUUUGGUGAUGAUGGAUAUAGAAUCGACAUUCCUCAUAGGGAUGGUGUAACAACCAAGAAAAAAAUACGACCAAAAUGCACAAUGCGGGAAUUCUUUGCAUAUCAAAUACAGGAUCGCAUUAGUGGUUAUUCUUUGGUUUUAAACGGAAGAAGACUGUUCCAACAGUUUUUGGUUGACGCUUACACUAUGGUUGAAAGCGAAAGGUUAAAUUUCAUACGUGGUAAGCAGAAGAAUCUACGAUCCGAGACAUUUGAAAAUUUACAAAAGUAUAAGCACACAGGUCAAGAAAAUUUAUCGAACACCGGUCAAAAGGUAAUUCUGCCUUCUUCCUUUACUGGAGGGGCUCGGUUCAUGCAACAAAACUACCUUGAUGCUAUGGCUUUAUGUAAAUGGUUUGGAUACCCAGAUUUUUUCAUAACCAUUACAUGCAAUCCUAAAUGGCCUGAAAUUUCAAGAUUUCUUAAAGAUACUUCAAUUAAACCAGAAGACAGACCAGAUAUACUAUGUCGAUUGUUCAAGAUGAAGUUGGAUUCAAUGAUUAAAGAUCUAAAGGAUAACAAAUUUUUUGGUGAAAUAAACGCAGUUGUUUAUACCGUUGAAUUUCAAAAACGUGGCCUACCUCAUGCACACAUUUGUUUAUUCAUGAAAGUCGAUCAUAAACUUCCCACCGUAGAUCACAUAGAUCCUUUUAUUUCAGCUGAAAUUCCAGACAAAUCCGAAGAUCCGCAGUUAUACUCACUUGUGUCUGAGUAUAUGAUUCACGGUCCUUGUGGGAAUGCUGACUUGAGCUGUCCUUGCAUGGUUGACAAAAGAUGUUCUAAACGAUUUCCUAAAAAGUUUUCUGCUCAAACUAUUAUUGACUCAAGUGGUUUUCCGGUUUAUCAAAGAAGAGAUUGUGGUCGUACUGUUAUAAAGAAAGCUGGCUCCAUAAAGUACCUUUUCAAGUACAUUAACAAAGGUCCUGACCGGGCUACCGCCGUUGUGUUUUGCGAAGCAGAAGGGUCUAGCAUUCAGAAACCAAAAGACGAAAUAAAAGAGUACUACGAUUGUAGAUACAUAUCUGCUUGUGAAGCUUCUUGGAGAAUUUUCUCAAAUGAAGUGCAUUAUAGAUAUCCUGCUGUAAUGAGGCUUCCUUUUCAUUUACCUGGUCAGCAUAAUGUUGUAUAUGGUGCAGAUGAUGAUAUUGAAGAUGUCUUGAGCAAACCAUCCGUUGCUUCUUCGAUGUUUUUGAAAUGGUUUGAAUUAAAUCAACGUGAUGACGAAGCAUGUAAAUUGACUUAUGUCGAGUUCCCACAAAAGUAUGUUUGGAAUGUAAAAGAUAGACGCUGGCAAAUACGAAAAAGGUAUCAAACUGUUGGUAGAAUUCAUUCCGUUUCAAUUGCUUCUGGUGAACCUUAUUAUUUAAGGAUUCUCCUAAACAAAGUCAGGGGUCCCAAAUCAUUUGAAGAUAUUCGAACAGUUAAUGGAGAGUUAUUCCCCACUUUUAAAGACGCAUGCUAUGCAAUGGGUCUUCUAGAUGAUGACAACGAAUAUGUUGAAGCAAUUAAAGAAGCAAGUUUUGAUGGUCAUUGUCGGUAUUUAAGAGCAUUAUUUGCCACAAUGCUGUUAACAAAUACUCUAACAAGACCUGAAUUUGUUUGGGAUAAAACGUGGCAUUUAUUAGGAGACGAUAUUUUGUACAGACGUCGGAAAGAGAAACGUAUCCCUGAUUUAACGCUUCCUGAAGAUCAACUGAAAAAUCAGAUUUUGUUUGAAAUUGAGAAUUAUUUAAUUUCCAAAGGUUCAUCUUUAAGUAAGUUUACUACAAUGUCUUAUCCUGAUCAUCACUCUUUACGUCAAAUUACCAACCGUCUAAUCAACGAUGAAUUAUCCCAAGACACAAAUGAGUUGCAAACUGAGUUUUGUCAAAUGAAAGAAUGUCUAACUGAAGAGCAGUCGAAGGUUCUUAAUGAAAUUAUGCAUGCAAUCGAUAGUCAAAAUGGAGGGUUGUUUUUUGUAUAUGGUUAUGGUGGAACUGGGAAGACUUUUUUGUGGAAGACAUUGGCUUCUGCAAUUAGAUCUAAAGGACAGAUUGUGUUGAAUGUUGCUUCGAGUGGUAUUGCUUCGUUAUUACUAUCUAAAGGAAGGACGGCACAUUCUAGGUUUAAAAUCCCCAUUAACUUGACAGAAGACUCCAUGUGCCACAUUAAGCCAAACGAUGAUGUUGCUGACCUACUAAAAGAGGCAAAGUUGAUUAUAUGGGACGAAGCCCCUAUGGUCCACAAGCAUGCUUUUGAGGCACUAGAUAGAACAAUGAAAGACGUUUUAUCGUCUUCUAUGGGUCACCAGUCUGAACUUCCAUUUGGGGGUAAAGUUAUUGUUUUUGGUGGGGACUUUAGACAAAUCCUCCCGGUCAUUCCUAAUGGUACUAGACAACAAAUUGUCAAUGCAUCUUUGAGUUCUUCAUAUAUAUGGUCAGAAUGCAAGGUUUUAAAAUUAACAAAAAACAUGAGGUUGACAGUUGGAGCUCAAACAUCUAACGUUGAGUCUAUUGAGAAAUUUGCAAGAUGGCUACUUGAUAUUGGUGAAGGAAACCUUGGUUCAGAAAAUGAUGGUGAAGCACUUAUAGAGAUACCGGAUGACUUAGCAAUCACCGAUUUGGACGAUCCAAUACAAAGUUUAAUCGACUUUGUUUAUCCUUCAAUUUUAGAAAAUUACAAAAAAUCUGGAUUCUUUUCUGAGAGAGCUAUUUUAGCACCAAAAAAUGAAGUUGUUCAUGAAAUUAAUGAUCGUUUACUUUCGUUAUUUCCGGGUGAAGAAAAAGAGUAUUUGAGCUCUGACAGUAUAUGUCAAACAGAGCAAGUACUUGAUUCUUUCCAACAAGAUUUGUAUUCGGCUGAUAAUUUGAAUGCUCUUAAAAUAGCCGGUUUACCUAAUCAUAAGUUGGUUCUUAAAGUGGGUGUUCCUGUAAUGCUUCUUCGAAACAUUGAUCAACAAAGUGGUCUAUGUAAUGGAACUAGACUUCAAAUAACCUUUCUCGGUAAACGAGUUAUUGAAGCUGAAGUAAUAUCAGGUGGGAAUAUUGGUACUAGAGUUUAUAUUCCAAGGAUUUCAAUGAUUCCUUCUGACAAGAAGAUACCGUUUCAGUUUCAAAGAAGGCAAUUUCCGUUGUCAGUAUGUUUUGCUAUGACAAUUAACAAAAGUCAAGGGCAGUCUUUAUUAAGAGUUGGGCUAUAUUUAAAGGAUCCAGUUUUUAGUCAUGGCCAGUUGUACGUUGCUUUAUCGAGAGUGAAGACGAGAGAAGGUGUCAAAAUUUUAGCGUACGAUGCUGAUGGUAAACCUUCGAAGCAGACAUCAAAUGUGGUUUACAAGGAGAUAUUUGGUAACUUGUGA